GCACGGUACGGCUAGCCUAUCUCUACUAAUAUCGCACAUAACAAAACCUUGUAUAAAACCCUAUCUCUUCACCUCACACUCCGCCACUCCCAUUAUUUCCGAUUUCAAUUUUUUCCUCUCUUAGCGAUUUUGGAAGGGCUAACGAUGUCGUUGAGACCCAAUGCUCGCUCCGAGGUCCGCCGCAACCGCUACAAGGUGGCCGUGGACGCCGAGGAGGGGCGGCGGCGGAGGGAGGACAACAUGAUCGAGAGUUGGAAGAACCGCUGUGAGGAGAAUCUCCAGAAGAAACGCCGUGAGGGUGUCCAGCAGUUUUCUGAUCCUGUCAAAGCCACCACCGGCAUCGAGAAAAAGGUGCAGUUAGAAAAUCUACCAUCAAUGGUCCUGAGUGUUUGGACAGAGGAUCUCAACAGCCAGCUUGAGGCAACCACCCAAUUCCGAAAAUUGCUUUCUAUAGAGCAAAGUCCGCCAAUUCAUGAGGUGAUUCAAGCAGGUGUUGUUCCCCGCUUUGUUGAAUUUUUGACGAGGGAGGAAUCCCCGCAACUUCAGUUUGAGGCAGCUUGGGCUCUGACUUAUAUUGCUUCUGCCACAGAACACACUAAGGUAGUAAUUGAUCAUGGAGCAGUCCCAAUAUUUGUGAAGCUUCUUGCUUCUCCAAGUGAUGAUGUUCGUGAACAGGCUGUAUGGGCUUUGGGAAUUGUGGCGCAUGAUUCUCCAAAUUGUCGUGACUUUGUGCUUGGUCAUGGAGCCUUGGGUCCUUUGCUAGCUCAGUUGAAUGAACAUGCCAAAUUAUCUAUGCUCAGAAAUGCUACCUGGACACUGUCUAACUUCUGCAGAGGCAAGCCACAGCCUGCGUUUGAACAGACGAGACCUGCACUACCAGUUCUCAAGCAACUUAUUCACUCGCGUGAUGAAGAAGUUCUGACUGAUGCUUGUUGGGCACUUUCAUAUCUUUCUGAUGGAACCAGUGAUAAAAUUCAAGCUGUGAUUGACUCUGGAGUAUGCCCCCGCUUAGUCGAGUUGUUGCUGUUAGUAUCUCUAUUAUUGUUAUACGUUAAACUUUUCUUCUUUUCUCUUCUCUUUCUCAUGUGGCUGAUGGAUGAAGUGCAUUGCAGUCAUCCAUCACCAUCCGUUCUUAUUCCCGCUCUUCGGACUGUUGGAAAUAUUGUCACUGGAGAUGAUAGACAAACUCAGUAUAUCAUCAGCAAGAACGUACUGCCCCGUCUCUCGAACCUCUUGAGUGGAGCUCAUAAAAAGAGCGUUAAAAAGGAAGCCUGCUGGACUGUUUCCAAUAUCUUAGCCGGAAACAGUAAACAAAUUCAGUCCGUAAUUGAGACCAACAUUAUUGGAUCAUUAGUUGAGUUGCUUCUGAAUGCCGAAUUCGAUGUCAAAAAGGAGGCUGUUUGGGCAAUAUCGAACGCAGCAUCUGGUGGCACUCACGAUCACAUCAAGUAUCUCGUGAGCCAAUGGUGUAUCAAACCUCUGUGUGACCUUCUCGUUUGCCCGGACUCGAGGAUCGUGAGCAUGUGCUUAGGAGUGCUCGAGAAAAUUCUGAAGGUGGGCGAGAAGGAGAAGGAUUUCGGCCACACAGAAGAAGUCAACCUCUACGCAGAGUUAAUCGGUGAUGCUGGAGGGGUCGAGAAAAUUGAGAACCUUCAGAGUCACCAAAAUGAUGAGAUUUACGAGAAGGCUUAUUGUUAG